AUGGCGUCAGGCGGUUCGCACCGUGAUCCGCUUCCGUUCUUCGGUCCAUCCACAUCCAUCCCCGAGCUUACCCGACUCUCGCGCCUCUCCAGCCAAUCGGCUCCCGCCAGCUGUCACUGGAAGCUGUUCGACCGUCAGACUCGCUCUGAGUUGCUGUACCCGCCGGGAGACGAUCGCGGACGGGUAGCCGUCUGGUCGCUUAAGAUCUCGCCUGCCUAUGAAAUCAUUCUGCUCCUGUCCCACCCUCGCCCGCGCCUUUGGCGAGCUACAGUCUCCCUCCCACUGCCUCCCUCUGGCGAGCACGGGGCGAGUUCAGGAGUUUCAGGUGUUUCUUCAGGUGCUGCGUCAGGAGCCUGGGGUGCGCGAUCAAUGAGGGUGAAGGCGAGGGGGAGGGCGUAUCUGCUGGAGGGCAGGCAUCAGGGGAGCGUGGUUCGCUCGGACUUUCAUCCAGUGCUGAGUCUCCUUGCAGUGGCCGGCAUUUGCCCCUCUGGUAAGAUCCUGUCUGUCAGGACAAAGCGUAUUCGCGUCCUCUUCAACUCCUUCUCCCCGAGACUUCCACCCAGUGUGGCCGGCAUUUGCCCCUCUGGUAAGACCCUGUCUGUCAGGACAAAGCGUAUUCGCGUCCUCUUCAACUCCUUCUCCCCGAGACUUCCACCCAGUGGUGAGUCUCCUUGCAGUGGCCGGCAUUUGCCCCUCUGCCCUGGUCCGCCCUGCUCUCCCUUCCACCCACCUGCGCUCUGCUCGUCUGUGCUUCUCUUCCCCCCCCCCUUUCUUCCCGUGCAGUUGGCAAACCGUCCCCCACGCGCUCCCCCACGUCCCUCCUCCUGUCCAUAUGGCACAUCCCCGACCCGCACCACCCCCUCCUCCCGCCCUCUUUCCUCUGGCCCGUGCGUCACCACUUAUAAGUUCCCCUCUCAUUUCCCUUUCUCCCUUUCCCGGCCCUGUUCGCCCCUGCCCAACCCUCUGCUCCCCUGCCCUCUUCUCGUCUGCCCCUUCCCCUUUCUUCCCGUGCAGUUGGCAAACCGUCCCCCACGCGCCCCCCCACGUCCCUCCUCCUGUCCAUAUGGCACAUCCCGGACCCGCACCACCCCCUCCUCCCGCCCUCCUUCCUCUGCCUCCUCCGCUUCUCCGAUCCUCAUUUCCCCUUCUCGUUUCUUUUCCUCCCCUGUUCUCCCCUGCCCUCCCUUUCACCCCCCUGUCCACUGCUCGUCUGUGCAUCUCUCCCCUCUUCCUGAUUUUUUCCAUGCAGUUGGCUCGGGCUCCUCUCUAGGGUUUUGGGACGAGGGUUUAGAGGGGGAGGAGGAUGAGGAGGACGACGAGGAAGGGGAGGAGGCGGUAGCAGAAGUGAGAUUCUCCCCUGAUGGGGGGUCACUAGCGGUGGUACACCACCGGGGGGCUUUGUCUCUUAUGCGGAUGUCGGCUAAGGAUUCUGAGCUCAUGCUGCUGCCUAGGAGUGUGGGGAGAACUGUGGGUGUUCCCUCUGGGGCUGCGGUGGAGGAGGAAGGGAGUGUGGUGGAGAGGGGUGUGGAGGAGUGGGGUGUGAUGAAGGACGGGACGGAAGAAAAGGACGGAGAGGAGGGGGUGAAGGAGAAGGGAGAGGAAGGGACACAGCAGAGGAAAGCAGUGCGGUUCCGAAUGGUGCAAGGCGGUGUGGUGGAUUGCGUCACCAGUGUGACAUGGCUCAGCACAGAUACCAUAGCAGUAUCCCAUCGCUCAGGGAGAGUAGCCAUAGCCACUGUGCACGAUCUAAGCAAUCUCACCGGCCCGUUCCCUCUAGUCUUUGGCCCCCGGGCGGUCCUCUGCUCGUCCAAUCUCCUCACGCCACGUGGCAGCAGCAGGUCUGGAGUGUACCCGCGAGGGGUGAUUGUUCUAGAGCCGGUCGCGAGACAGGUGUCGGUUCCUGAUUGGUCGAGAGGGACUUUUGGAAACGUGGCCGAUUCCCGUGGGGAGGGGGUGCGGGAGAGCGGGUGGCGGGUUUUGUCUCUUGUGGAGCAGCCGGCGGCGGUUAUGGUGCGGGUGUUAACUGAGGAAGGUAGACUAGGGGAUGCGCUGGGGAUGGCCCGGGCGGCAGGGUUGCAUUCAGAUGUGGUGUUUAAGGCUGCUUGGACGAGCAUGGAAACCCUCCCUCCUCACUCCUAUAGAGCAAUUCUCCCUGGUGCCACCCCCCCGCCUGUGUCCCGGACCAGAGGGGCCGAUUGGGUGGAAGGGCGAGGGGUGCUGCAGAUGAUUGGAGCAGGGUCGGCUGUAGCAGCUGCAGAUUCAGCUGCUGCUGUAGCUGUUGCUGCUGGUAGUGGCGGCGGCGGUGGUGCUGCCACUGUAGCAUUUGCUACAGAAGAGGUGGUGUUUCUGUCUCAGGGCUUUAAAGCCAUUCUAGACUCUCACAAGACUGCUGCUCUAGAGGAGCAACACAGGGUUAAUUCUCCUGCUUCUUUUGCUGCUGCUGGUGCGGGUGGGGGGAGGGGCAGGCGUGGGGGAGCUUCGGCCCGAGCCUCCGGCGCAUGCUUGGAGCCGCUAGGUUCGGAGCAGCAGGAGGCAGUGGCGAGUGCGCUGCUAUUGGUGGAAGCAGGAGCCGUUCUUGCCACGUAUGAGCUCCCCACACCCUACACCGCCCUCGUCCAAUCACGCAGCGACACGUCAGCAGCCCUCCACCUGCUCCGCAGCCUCCUCUCCGCCUUCGCCCGCCGCCAGCCGCCCCCGGAGGAUCCCGAUUGGCUGGAUCUCUUCCACCACGUCAGCACUUUGAAGCACUCCGCGUUCCUCCCUCUUUCCCCCGACUCCCUCCCUUCGGAAAUGGCCAGAGUGCUGCUAAGGGAAGGGAGAUUCGCGCUAGCCAGGCAGUUUCUGAGAAGCGGGGGAAGCGGGGGGACUGGGGGGAGUGGGAGAGGAAGAGGGGGAGGGGAGGACGUGUGGUUGGAGGAAGAUGCGGUGUUGAGUGAGGAUCGGGUUGAAGCGCUGGUGAUUGGUGCUGCCAGGAACUUCUUCUACUCCUCCCCGACACUCGACUCCCCAGAUAUCCACAGCGCAUUCGCCUGUCUCGACAUACUCCCGCGCAACCCAGCAGCAGCAGCGGAGAGGCAGCUCUUCUCAGCUCUAGUCAUCGACCUCCCAGCCUGUGGCCUCCACCUCCUCCCCCUCCACCUGCGCCAAACCCGCGACCGACUCGAUAUUAUACACCAAGUGCUCAACCUCUGCCCGGGACCGGCUAGUAAGGGGGGAAGGGGAGGGUUGGGAGGAGGAGGCAGGGGCGGAGGGAUGGGCGGGUUGGGGAGGCAGGGAGGGAGGCUAGGGAGUGGGAUGCAGGGGCAGCUGCAAAAGGGGAAGCUGUCGCGAUCGGCUGUGGAGCUGGGUGCGGGUGAGGGGAGAAGGGUUGGUGUGAGUGGGAGAGGGAGAGGCGGAGCGGGAUUUGAGAGGGUGGAUGGGAGUGAGGAUGGGGCGAUGGGUAGUGAUGUUGGUAGUGUGAGCGAUAGCAGCAGCAGCAGCACGAGCCUGAGCACUAUGAUUGGCCGAACAGUUGCUUCUGCAACUGAUCUGUCUGCUGAUGUCAGCGUAGAUGAAUCCGCCGGCAGUGCAGCAAGCACCACUGCUGACGUGGACGCUGAUGUGGAUGCUGACGUGGAUGAUGGAUCCGAUGACAUCAGCAUGCCAAUUCGGCGGGAGUUUCUGGGGUUUGCUCUGGCUCAUUGCGACGAAGCUUCCCUCCCGGACCUACUAGCCUCGUGGCAAGGCUUGGAUGCCACGGAACGGUGCGUGGCGCUAGGUGCGGCGACAGGCUUGGUAGUCCCGGGCCUGCGAGAGCAGGAGGCGCUUCUCCCGGACCUAGCUGCUGGCCGAGCCUCGGGCAAGUGGGAAGGCACGGAAGUGCUGGUGGUUCCCGAAGCUGCUACAGCCCCUGCUACAGCCGGUGCUACAGCCGGCAGUAGCAGCAGCAGCAGUAUCAAAACCCGAGGGAAGGGAGGGAGCUCUGGUCUUACCACCAGCACUGGCAGAAAACUGGUUAGUCUGGGUGGGGGCCGGGGGGCGAUUGGGAGGGAUGUGGGGCGGAGGGCGUUGGCGCUGGUAUCGAGUGAUGGGGAGGCAUGGGGGGAUAAGCAGUGGGAGGAGGUGCCACGACUGCUGCUGCCGUUUGCCUGCCUGCACUUGCCCUGGAUGCUACAGGUGAAAACCCGCCGUGCUGCUGCUGCUGCCGCCGCUGCUGCUGCUGCUGGGGCUGCUGCAAAAACUGGAGGGACAGCAUCAGCAGCAGCAGCAGCAGCAGGCGGAGGGGGAGUGGCAGACGCAGCAGCAGCAGCGGAUCCCAUAGUCGAGCAGAUAGUGGUGCUGAUUCUCCACGUGCUCGCGUCCUGCCAGGUGUCGCCCUCUGAUAAGCUCCUGACCGAAGCUGCCCGGAGCGCCCUAACUGCCGGGGACAUAGUCUCUGCUGCGGCAGCUGCGGCCGGUCUGUGGGGGGUACCUGGAGCAGGAGUAAGGCGAGUGGGUGGCUUGUCAGGUGCUGCGUCAGGUGCUGCGUCAGGUGGUGGAUCAGGUGGUAGAUCAGGUGCUGCCGAGUCAGGUGCCGGGCCAGGUGGAGGGGUAAGUGCUGGUGGUUCUGGGGAAGCGGAAGGGAAAGAAGUUAGCCCUACAGCCGCUGUUGCAUCUGCUGAGGUGGCGGCGUGUGAUUCGCUGGCUAUGGCGUUUCUGAUGCAGGCUGGGGAUUCAGUGCGGGCGGCAGGGGUGAUCGACGCUGAGAUGGCGAAGCGGGACGGGGCGGACGCAAAGAGGCGGUUCGUGUUGCUGCUGCUGCAGUUCUCGUCGCUCCAUGCCACACUCUUCCUGCUAGCUGCGCAGGUGAGCAAACGGCUUUGCAUUCAGGCAGGUGGGAUGGCAAAGCGGGAUGGGGCGGAUGCAAAGAGGCGGUUCGUGCUUCUGCUGCUGCAGUUCUCGUCACUCCAUGCAACUCUCUUCCUGCUGGCUGCUCAGAUGGCGAAGCGGGACGGGGCGGAUGCAAAGCAGCGGUUCGUGUUGCUGCUGCUGCAAAUCUCGUCUCUUCACGCCACGCUCUUCCUGCUAGCUGCUCAGGCCAAUGAAGCAGCGUUUGUGGGGUCGCUGCUGCUGUUGCCGCCAGUGCUGCUCGCGCGCGUGGCAGGGGAAGCUUCCAGGAAGGAGGAGCAGCUGGGGGAGACCGGAGCCCUGGGGUCCAGGCCGGCAGUCAAGAGUUCAGCCCGCGCGCGCCAGCUGUGCAAGCGGUGGUGUGAGGUGGCGCUGACGAUGCAGGGGCGGCUGCGAGUGGUGGAGGACACACGGGCGCUGCGCGCGCUGCUGCCCCGCGCUGACGUGGCGCGCUUCGUGGCGCGUGACGUGGCGUACAUGGAGGCUGCUAUCGCCUCAUUGGUCGACGAGACCGAUUCUGCUGCUGCUACUGCUGCUACUGGAGGGGCCUUGGCAGAGGCAGUGGGACCGAUGCCUCACGCCCUCGCCUCUGCCCUCUCACUCGCUCAGCUCUACCACGUGGACUCCUGGCAGGUGAGGGUUGUUGGUGCUGUUGUGACCAGUGCUGCUGGUAUUGCAGCGAGCACAACAGAAUGUGCUGCUGCUGCUGGGGGAGGGGCCAUGGCAGAGGCAGUGGGGCCGAUGCCUCACGCCCUCGCCUCUGCCCACUCUCUAGCCCAGCUCUACCACGUUCAUCUGACGUACGUCCGCUCUGUGCUGCUCUCUGAUUGGCCGGAGCAAGAUAUUGUCACUGAGGUGGAGGCACACAAAGCCGCCAUCUGUACCCGUCCCACGUCAGCCUUCUCCUUCCUCUGGACCUCCGUGCUCCCCCGCUUUCUCACUCAAAUACAGACAAAAACCCACACUGACACAGGGUUACAUGCUCAGAAACACCCCCCCACACUCCCCACCCUCGCUCCCUACCUCCUCCGCCUCCUCUCCCACUGCCUCCUCUCCUCGCUCUCCCCUCCCCCUCCUCCCUCCUCCCCUCUCACCCCCUCCCCUCCUCUCUCCCGCCCGCUCUCGCUCCCGCUCCCACCAACCCCUCUCACCGCACUCAACUCCUUUGUAUCAUCCGCACAGAGCGCAGCAUCCCUUGCUUCCAGGCUCUCCCUUCUAGGAGAGCAGCUUGAGAAGGCAGGGGGCCUUCAGCCUUCACUGGAUGGGUGGGUGCUUCUGGGGGCGGCUGUUGCUGGUGCAGGCACAGCAGGAGCAGUUGGAGGAGCAGAAAAUAAGGACAGUGCUGGUGUUAUGGAGGUGGAGAGAGCGGUUGAGAGGGAGAUAGAGCGGUGCUUCGACGGAUCCUCUGUGCUGGCUGCUGCUGAGAUCAUCUUGUCUCUUUCUGCCGCUUCUACUGCCACUGCUGCAACAACAACUGUGCCACAUGCUGUAGCAGGAGCAGCUGCUGGGUUGCCUGCUUCGUCAGGAGUUUCCACAGAUCCAGCCUUCCAGGACCGCUUUAACCAGUGUCACUUUCUCUGGCUCUUUGCUAAGUGCCAGUUGAGACAGGCUGGCGUGCUUGCCGACUCAUAUUCCCCAAAGGUUGAUAUGGAAGAGAGGAGGAGUGACGGGGUGGCAAUUGGUGACAAUCAAGGCAGCAAGGAAGGCGAGAAGGAAACCGGGAAGGGAAAGAGGUUGAGUCUGGAGGGGUUGCAGUCAGCCCGUGUAGCCAUGGCUGGAUCUCUCUCCCUGCUCUCAGAGGAAAAGCGGCGGGAAUUUACGCUCCUGCUGCUGCAGGGAUGUGAGCGGUGGGUUCUAGAAGCGUGCUCUGCAGGGGAAGGCAGUGGAGCGAAGAGAAGCGGGGUGAGAGGAGGUGGUCGUGGGAAGAAUGGGAGGGAGCGGAGGGGUGGGAGAGGGAGGGAGGGAGGAGAGGUGCGGAGGGGUGUGGAGCUUUGGCUAGAUGUUGUGGGGGAUUGGAUGGGGUGUCGCGGUGGGAGGUUGGACGGGGGAGAAGGGAAGGAGGAUAGGGAGGAGAGGGAGGAGAGGGAGGAGAAAGAAGAGUCUGUGGUGGAGUGCGGGAGAUGCAUUCAGAAGCUGCUGACCAAUGGGGUCGUGACACGUCAGCAAGGUGUGCUACUCCUCCGGUUCCUCUCGGACUCGUUGCUGAAGACCCAAUUGUCCUCGGAUGAGAACAAGUCAGCUGCCACGUCAGCUGCCAGGUCAGCAGCCAGGUCAGCAGUCCAUUCAGCACAAGAGACGGACCUUCAAUUUCAGGGUAAUUCACCCCUGAAUGGAGGCAAAAUCUCUCCUGCACACGCUUUAACCCAGGCUUUAAUGCGUCAGAUGGUUCUCGUGGGGUGCCCCUUACUCGCCCUAGUCGCCCUAGCCCAGGCCACACACGGCCGUGACAGCUGGCAGCUGCCUAUUGGUGCAAACCAGCGGCGGCGUGUGCUGACGUCAGCAAGGUCAGCAGGAGCCAAUCAGGGAGCGGGACGAGCAGGCGGGAAGAUCGGGAGAGGAAGGGAGGUAGGAGUAACGGCAAGUGGUGCUUCCAGGAAGCUUCCUGGUGAUGCGGGCAGCGAGACGGGGAGCACGGGCGGCGAACAGGAGGAGUUUGCCAUGGGUGACGUCAGCAUGGCGGCUGGUGACGCCAGCAGGGGAGGCAGGAAGGCGGAGAGAGGAGUGCGCGGGCGGGGAGGGAGGGCUGGUAGGACUAGUAGGGGAGGAGGGGGGCGAAGGGGAGAGGAGGAGGAGGAGGGAGAAGGAAAGAGUGAGAAAGAGAAGGAGGAAGACCCUAUGGACCUAUUUGCUUCUAUGGGCUUAGUUUCAUCUGCUCCCCGUGCCGCUGCUGCUGGUGCUAGCAGCAUUGGCAAGCCUGAAGCUUCCAAGAAGAAGCCUCUGGUAGUCUCCAAGGCUGGUGGUAGGCUCGGGGCGGUGAAAAAGGGAGGCUCGGCAGCUUCGGCACCAGCUUCGGUAGAGCCAGAAGGUUUAGCCCCAGGCUCAAUGCUUGGUUCGGUUGAAUCACUCCCGGAUAUGGCUGCAACCGCUGCCUCAGGUGCCGUUUCAGGUGAUUCUUCAGGUGCCCUGUCUGUUGCAGUUUCACCUGGGGAGGGCGGGCAGAUGACAAUGGACUUUGCAGCAGGGGCUGCUGGAGAGGAAAAAUCCGUUUCCUCCCCACAGCCGAAACCCCUGACACCAAUAGUUUCUCCUGCUGCUACUCCUGCUACUCCUGCCUCUGCUGCGACUACUGGUGACUGUAAUAUGGCUGGUGCUGGUGCUGAAGCUGCUGCAGCUGUUGCCUCUCGUCCUGAGAUCAGUAUUGUGGAUCUGUACUUGUCGGUAUUGCGAGAGCUUAUGGGAGAAGGACCGGAGCUUCAUAUGCAUGCUUGUCCUGACCGGUUAGCUCAGGCGAUUAUGAGAGUGAUUCUUUCACUGGUGGAGGCGAGGGAAGGGGAGGUACAGCAGGUACUGAGUGAGAGAGAUGGGGGAAGUGAGAGAGAAGAGGAGGAGGAGGAGAGUGGGUGGGGGCUUGAUUUAUCAGGGAAUGAGGAGGAAGAGGAUGGGGGGGAGGAUGAGGAGAGUGGGUGGGGGCAUUUUGAGGUUCUUGUUUCAUCUGUGCGCUCUGCUGUGUGGAGGCUGCUGGUGCGCGUGGGAACGCAGGAGGGGGAAUCAGCACUGACCCUAAGUGCCACACUUAGCAGCGACACUGCUGCACACUCCCCUGUGGUGCAAAGUGCCACACUUAGAGCGGCUGUUUUGGAUGCUGUGAAGGCUGUAGCUCCAGCCUCGUCUGACCUAUCAGCACCUGCCACGUGGCUCUCUGGGAGAGGGUUCUUUGUGGAUGCUGUAGGGCUCGGGGUGAUGAGCGGUGUAGAGGGGUGCUGGGGGGUGUGGGAUCUGGAAGAGGUGGGAGAGGAGGAAAGAUGGGUGGGAGGGGAUCAGAAGGAUGACGUGGCACUGGACAGGUGGCGCUGGGCGGCGCUGCGUUCCCGCGCGAUCGUGCAGUCUGACUGGCCGGGAGAGCUCGCUGACGUGGCGCCACUGCUGGACGACGUGGCAGCGGACGGCAGCUUCGGCAGCAUAGCAGCUGAUAUCGUGCGCCAGAUGGCGGAUGCUCAUUCGGCGGUGGUUCGGCCGCUGCUGGGAGCCAUGGCUAGGGUUAUCCCCCCUCUAGCGGUUCAGUUGCAAGAGGAGCGGAGGAGGGAGAGAGAGCGGGAGGAGAGAGGGGGGGUGGAGAGCGAGGAGGGGGAGGGAGGAGAGCCGGCGAGGAGGAACGGAGGUGAAGGGAGUGAGCAGGUGGAGAGUGGAGUGGGGUUUGGAGAGAGGAGGGGUGGUGGGGGUUGGAAUGGGGAAGAGGAUAGAGAGGAGGAUGAAUUGAGAGAGGACGGUGAUAAGUUUCAGAUGAGAAGUGAGCAGCAGCAGGGACAGAGCGAGCAGCAGGGGGGACAGAGGAGAGACGUCUUGCUACUCGCUCUGCAAAUGCUACAGAUUGAUGCCUAA